AUGUUGAACAAUGGGGAGAUCGACUUGAUAUCGCUGUUCCAAUCAUGGGCUGCUCUACACCCAGAUUCCGUUGCAAUGGAAGAUUGCACGCAGUCCGUCACAAACCCACCGAGAGUGACAUACCGAGAGUUGGACGAGUGUUCGAAUCGAUUUGCUCGGAAACUAAAACACAAUGGCAUUCGAUACGGAGAUGCCGUUCCUUUGCUUUCUCGCCGCAGCCCAGAGGCUAUCAUCGCGAUAUUAGCCAUCCUGAAGUGUGGAGCGUGUUAUGUUCCCAUGGAUGCAGACACCUGGGCGCAAGAUCGAAUACAAAUGACGCUGCAACAAAUCCAACCACGUUUAGUCGUCUCGACCAAUUCAGCACACUCUACCUUUCCGACGAGUCUCUGGAAGGUACUAGAUAUGCCCUCUUGGAAAGAAGUGCUUGAUUCACCCUUUGCUCUGGAGCAUCAGACCAAUACCUGGGAGGACGUUUCUCAACAUGUAUCUCAGCUUGAUCGGCUGGCGUAUAUAAUUUUCACCUCCGGUACUACGGGAAAGCCGAAGGGAGUUAUGGUGUCUAUGCGAUCGAUUACUGCAUAUUGCAGGGAAUGUGACCCUAAUCUUCCUUUCAAUCUAGCUUGUAAUCCCAAUUCUCGCGUGCUAUGCGUGGUAUCCAUUGCGUUCGAUGCAUGUGUCGGCGUCAUCUUCAGUUCCAUGACCAGUGGUGGCACAUUGGUACUCGCCAAUCCGUCUACCUUCACAGCCGCUGCCAAAUUAUGCUCCGUGCUCCCACUCACACCCAGCAUUCUCUCAUCUCUGGACCCGAAUGAUGGAUUUGAAAACAUCAAAGCUAUCUACAUGGGGGGUGAGUCCCCCUCGCCAGCAUUAAUUGAAGCCUGGUCCGGGCCAGGCCGUCGCAUAUUCAAUGCAUAUGGCCCAACCGAGGCCACUUGUGCCACCCUGCUGAGUGAGCUGUUUCCAGGGGGGCCCAUUACUGUCGGUUGGCCGAUUUGGUACAGUAAAAUUAUUUUGGUGGAUUCGGAUGGAAGGACCACUAAGGAAGAGGGUGAGAUCUAUAUUGGAGGUGAUGGUCUCGCAGUUGGAUACUAUGGCAACGAAGAAGCCACAGGCAAGGCGUUCGUGAUCCACGACGGGGAAAGGUUUUACAAAACAGGAGAUUUGGCUCGUCUCACCGAUGAUGGCUUCGUUUUCAGAGGACGAAUGGACAGCAUGGUGAAGAACCGUGGCUUUUUGGUUUCACUGGAGGCCGAGGUAGAGCCUGCUAUCCUCAGCUGUCCAGGGCUUACGGGAGCUGUGGCGAUGAAGAUUGAGAAUUCCCUUGUGGCUUUUAUCUCGCCAGCCGUCCAUUCGAAUAGAGUGAGGAAACACCUCAAUGACAAUUUUUCGACAUUUCUCGUACCUGAUACAAUCUACGCGCUGGAUGAAUUCCCCCAAACAGCCAACGGCAAGACCGACCGCAAGCAGCUUCAGUCAUUUCAUCAAGCCAGGUUGACCGAUUCGAAUAUGGAUUCAGCUGUAUCACCCUAUUCCAGCCAUUCACUGUCCCCAUUGGAGGCCGCAAAAAAGGCCUUUGCCCUUAUUUUGCGCCUACCAGAGCCUUCUACUGGCCCCGACACUUCAUUCCUGCAAAAUGGAGGCCAUUCUCUUAGUGCAGUGCGUCUUGUCUCAGCCCUCCGCAAAUUAGGUUUUGCGACAUCUGUCACCGAGAUCCUUGCAAGGGAUACUGUAGAUGCAGUUGCCAAGGCCCUCACGCCGCUCAUGAAGACUUUUUCCGCUUCGUUAACUUCGAACAAGGGCAACGCGCCCAUGACGGAUCUUCAACUACGCAUGUUGCGGGCAACAAUGCAAUCUCCAGUUUUGCAUUACAUCAAAAUUGGAAUGACAUUUGAACACAGGGGUACUCACGCGAUAUCCAAAACGUUGCGGCGUGUAUGGAACACUAUUUACCAGACACAUGAAAUACUUCGAACAACCUUCGAUCUCUCAGUGGAAAAUGGCGUCCAAGUGAUUGAUGAGAGUUUUCAUCUUGAUUGGGACGAAAGCGUUGUCUCGGAAGAACAUUGGGAUAACGUGUGUGCAGAGGCGAUAGAUAUGAAUCGUUGGGACCAGAGCUCGUCCCACGACACAAGGCCUUUAUCAUCCACACAUCUCAUCAUCAUUCCUAGCUAUCGAACUCGCCUUAUCUGGACUGUACACCAUAGCUUGAUUGACGGUUGGUCGGCGGCAAAGCUGCUUGGGGACUUGACAACUUUACUAAACGACGGACAGCUCCCCCAGGACUAUCCUCAGUUUGGUGAUGCUGCCCGGUUGGUCCAUGAACUGACCAUGGAAUCGGAUAAACAGGCUUUCCAGUACUGGCGAUCGAUAGCCCAGGGGUACUUUCCAGCAAAGAAAAUCCUCCUUGCUUAUCCUCAUGACAACAAGUCGCUGGCCAAGGUUUCUGCCCAGGCUGACGUACACGAGUCGCUUGGUCUCCCAGUGACCGCAUUGGAGGGGGCUGCGAUAUACUUUGGCGUUACUUCAUCGACAAUCAUGUAUGCUGCGUGGGCACUGCUACUAUCUCGAUACUGCGACUCAGAAAAGAUCGCCCUGGGGGCAGUGGUUGCUGGCCGAACUCUACCGGUUGAUGGUAUUGAGGAUGUUGUGGGACCUCUUAUUAACACGUUACCGUUGUGUGUUGAUACAAACCAAAGUGAUGUUGGUACCCUACUGAACGCUGUCUCGCAAUCUCUUUACGGGCUGCUAGAUGUGCAAUACUCCACGCACGCGCUUAUCCAAGAGGCCUGUGCCACCAAGAGCAGUGAGCUCUUUGAAACUGUCUUGGCAAUCCAGUACGACUUUCCUACUUUCGGCCCCACAGGCAAGAGUGAGAUGGUUCCAACGGAGGUCGAAUUUCGAGAGUCGACCGAGUUGCCAUUGACCGUGUUGGUCAACGAAGUCGAUGGAGUUCUCGAAACGAGACUGUUGUACUCUUGUCACUCUUACGACCGAGAUCAGGCGACCAAAAUUCUCCAGCAAUUUCAUAGUCUUGUCCACGCUAUUGUGCAGACAGACUCACAAGGUUCGCUUGACGAGAUCAAUUCACACACUUUCGACGGCUGUGAUGAGCCGUGUGCUCGGUUGACAGACACCCCAUCCAAAAAGGAGGUAACGGACGCUGACUCUGAAAAUUUCGAUGGGCCACAUACAAUUCAGUUGGCGAUUCAAGAUUCCAUCAGUCGCUUCCCGGAUUUUUGUGCUGUAGCGACAGCCUGCAGAUCCCUCUCAUAUCAUCAACUGGACUGUGUUAUGAACAUUGUCGCUUCUCAGAUCAACGAAGUCACUGCCCCAGGAGAUGUGGUGGGAAUCAUCAGCGACGGAUCUAUUGAAUGGCUAGUGGCCAUUCUCGCCGUUAUCCAGUCGGGCUGCACAUACUGUCCAAUUGAUGUAAAGCUUCCCAAGGCGCGGCAACACUACAUGAUUAAUUCAACUUCCGUCAAGCUUGUUUUAUUGCCGCAUGCUAGCAUGCGUUCUGAAUACGCCUUUCUGGGAGAUGUCAAGGUGUGGGACAUUGAGAGCCUGGUCACGCAGAAGGCCGCUCGUAAAAACUACGGAUAUCGUGCCGUUGAGGAGAGCGAUAUCGCAGUAAUCAUAUUCACAUCAGGAAGCAAGGGUGUUCCCAAAGCUGUGCAGCUUACCCAUAAGGGUAUCAUGUCUUUGCUUUCUUCUCCGGAAGGAAGAUUAUACUCCAAGCCCGGGUGGCGCAUUGCACAGACAUUGUCGCUCGGCUUUGACUGCUGCGUGCUUGAAGUCUUUUCAGCCAUCGGCUUUGGAGGUACGCUUGUCUUAAAGAAUAUUGAUGAUCCGCUUGCACACCUUAGCAUAGUCGAUGCGACAGUCGCGACUCCCUCUCUCCUAGCGACUUUGAGUCCCGAAAACUAUCGAAACUUGCAGGUAGUUUUUCUUUUGGGAGAGGCACUUCACCAGAACCUCGUCGAUCGAUGGCGCCCGGGUAGGAUAGUCCAAAACUGCUAUGGUCCGGCAGAAUGUACUCUUUUUGUCACCUACAAACGCUUCGAUGAAGCUGAUGAACGGGUGAGCAUCGGCAAGCCUGUGGGCCGAAUGCGCUGCUAUCUCCUCGACAAGAAGCAACGGCGCGUUCCGCUGGGAGUCAAGGGUGAGAUCUACAUCUCCGGGGUCCAGGUCACUCCCGGAUAUCGAAAUGAUGCGGUUCAGUCAGCAGCUGCGUUUCUGCCUGAUCCUUUUACCCGGGGAUGUAUGAUGUUCAAAACCGGUGACAUGGGACGUCUGUUGCGGGAUGGGAACAUCGAAUACAUUGGAAGAGAAGAUGACCUUUUCAAAAUCCGUGGCUUUCGGGUUGACCUGGGUGACAUUGAAGCUUCUAUCCUGGUACUUGCCCCAGACGUGCAAAACAUAGCUGUCGUGGUGCCCCCUGCAGCGGACCUUCUCCUCGCUUUUGUCACUCCAAUGUCUGUCAACAUUUCUGUGCUGCAGGAGAGGAUCAAAAGAAACCUUCCACCCCAUAUGAUUCCAGCGCGCAUAACGGCUCUAGCUGAUCUGCCUUUAUCACCAAAUCAUAAAGUCGACCGUAAGCAAUUGGCAUCUAUGAGCAUACCUUCAGCACGUGCUAUUGUACCACUAGCGACUCCUACGGAGAAGCUUGUCGCGCGCAUCUGGCGAGAUGUCCUUGGAGAGUCCCCCUUGGCGCAUGAUAUCAGUGCUUCCGAUCAUUUCCUGACUAUUGGAGGCCAUUCACUGCUGCAAAUCCGAGUGGCACAGCGCCUGGGCCAAACAUUUAACAUUCCUUUUCCUUUGGUGCUGGUCAUUCGACAUCCAACCCUCCAAGACUUGAGUCGAGCAGUUGACAACGAGGUUCUCGGUCAGCGUAAGCGCAAAGCAAAAGAUAGCUUCCUUUUGAUCAAGCCUUCAUCAAGGGCAGUACGCUUGCCUGUAUCAUUCUUGGAAGAAGAAUUACUGGUAAACGACCUUGUUUCCGGAUCUUCACCCGCAAUGAAUAUUAUCUUCGCGACCGAAUUCAACAAGCUAGUGUGGGUUGAGGUCCUGGACCAGGCAUUCAAGGAAUGCGUCAAGGAGCGUGAGAUUUUUCUGUCGCGCUAUGUGCAGAUUGAAGGCAAAUAUGCCCGGACUCUCGUUCCCACCCCAGCUUCCAUCCACCGAUUCACUUCGGCAGAGCUAUCCUUCGAUGAAUUCUUAGACGCUGCCAAGAACUACCAUUUCAGCCUUGAAAAGGAACAGCCUGUCCAAGCUUAUCUAUACCAACAUUCUACAGGCAAGGUGACACUGGUCAUUCUCAUGUCCCAUCUAAUCGGCGACGCCAUCACAAUUAGCGGAUUCAUCAAGUCGUUCUCGACCCGGUACAACGCGUUUCAAAAUCGAGACCCUUAUAACCCAGCCUUCCACCUCGCAGACCUGAGGGGAAAACGCACAUACAUUGACUGGACAGCAUGGUCAAUGCCGCAAGAGAAAAUCCCAGACGAAGUAUCCUCCUUCUGGGAGAAAUACCUUGCUAGUCCACCUCUACACGCCCGUUUGAACAAGUUCCAUCGGCCAAGGUCCUACAAUGGUGGAUAUCAGUCAUGGAAAAUCCCGUCUUCUUGUUCUCAGUCUCUUCUUGAAAUCUGCACCGACAUGUCCAUAAGCCCUCAUCAGCUCAUGCUCGCUGCAGUGGCGAUGACAACCCAGAGUCUUCGCCCCAGUCAAGACAUCAUUAUGAUGGCCCCAUACUCACUUCGCAACGAACCUGGGACCGAGAACCUUGCAGGCUGCCUCUUAGAUCGUGUACUCAUUCGCGUGCGGUGGGAAAAAGCAUAUACUCUCCGCGAGUUUCUCCAGUCUGUCCACCAAGCCUCUCAAUCAGCCAUGGCCCACUUCGUCCCAUGUUCAGCCCUCUUCAAAUCCCUCCAGCUGCAACCUUCUCUCACCGAUUCCCUCGCAGAGAUUAUGGUGACUUUUCACUCCAAGACAAGUCUCGAUAAUCCGUUAGACUUUGGCCAGACACUCACCAUCCGACCAACCGGCGCCAAAUUCCCUCUCUUAUUCGAAUUUUUCCAAAGCAAUGAGGAUCAAAAUCAAAUCUCCAUGUUUCUCGAGUAUGACGAGGCGAUCCUCACCUCCCACGAGAGCGAAUGCCUGGUUUCUGCAUUCCAACUAGUCUUAACACUCAUAGCUGAGCACAAGAACAUUGAUGAGAUUGUGUCGACUGUUUCAAAUACUUCCGAGGAUGUCCACCCUGUGGUCAUUCAUGAUACUUCGACGAAGUCAGAAUCUGAUCGGGCUUCGGAUCCCAGCUCCUCCGGGACACAGCCACAUUAUGUGGAAGCUAUCCGCGAGGCCUUUGCAACAUGUCUUGAUAUAAAUAUGGACAGUGUCGACCCGGAAUCGUCUUUCUUUGACCUGGGAGCGUCCUCAAUUGAUGCGGUGAAACUAGUGUGGUUGCUAGCUGAGAAGGAUAUCUGUAUUACUGCUCGUCAGGUACUGUUAGAACGAUCUCCUGCUCGCCUUGACCGGGUGCUUCGGUCUUGA